AUGACCAAAUUUAUUGAAUUAAAAUUAUUCAUAAUAUGCUUUUUAACCCGUUUUAUAACUUUCACUAUAUUCCCUAAUUUAAGCGAUGUAUUAGACAAUUCCGUAGAGUUUUCCACACCAAUUACAUCCUUUAAAAGUCUAAAAGAAGGUAUCUAUUUACUAAAUCAUGAUCUACCAUUGUAUGAUGGUGGUUUGGUCCAUCAGCCAAUCUUAUUAAUAUCACUAUUCCGCUCAAUUAUAACUUCAUCCUAUACGCUAUCCAAUUUGUUAUAUUCAUUUGUGGAUUCUUUAUUUCCAAUUGUGCUAUUCAGGUUGAUGAACAAAAUAUCUACAAGUUCUAGCGGCACCCAUACCAAAGAAGAGAAAAUUGAACCUUACAAUAAGUUUUCAUGGAUCAUUGGUAGUUUAUAUAUCAUUAAUCCAUUGACGUUUUUAAGUUGCAUAAGUAAAAAUACAUGUAUUUUUUCUAAUUUAUUGAUUUUGCUGAGCUUAUACAUUGCCUAUACUUAUCAAGGCAAUAGAGCAAAAAAUAUGUUUUUAAGUGGAUCUUUAUUGGCAUUGAGCGGUUACUUAUCUUUAUAUUCUAUUUUACUUAUUAUCCCGUUAUUAAGUAUAAAUAUUGGAUUGGCCAAAAAUAGAAACCAAAAUGAUAGCGGUAUCUUUCUGAUUGUGGGUUUUAUUUCUACUCUUUUGACUACGAUUAUAUUAUCAUUUACACUUAACAAUUUUAGUUGGGAUUUUAUUUAUUCUGUUUAUGGUGUAAACAUGAAUUUUGAAAAAUUAUAUCCAAAUAUAGGGUUAUGGUGGUAUUUUUUUGUUGAAAUGUUUGAGUUUUUUAUUCCAUUUUUUAAAACAGUUUUCAAUUUGUUUUUGGCAUCUUUUAUAUUACCGUUCACUUUAAGAUUUCACCAUACGUCCUCUAAAAACAUCAAUUUGUUAUUAUACAGUUUUGUGCUAUGCUUAAGUUGGAUAACAUUAACUAAGCCAUAUCCAACACUAGGAGAUACUGGAUUUGUGUUAAGUUUUUUACCCUUGUUCUUUCCGAUUUUCUGUUAUAUGAAAUAUUCUAUCAUAUCAAUCUUAUUAUUUAUACAUUCCAUUGUAUUAGCACCAAUCUUUUACUAUUUAUGGAUUGGACUAGGAUCGGGUAAUAGCAAUUUCUUUUAUGCUAUAACUUUAGUUUAUGGAUUGGCAUUGAGCAGUGUAAUUAUAGAUAUAUGCUGGGCUAUGUUAAGAAUGGAAUAUGACAAUGACAAUGGUUGUGAUCGUCCUAAUUUAAACAUACAACUGACUCAGAUAUAA